CCGGCAGCCGCGGAGCAAGGACGGGGGAGCCUGGCCUCGCACGGGUGUUCUUAAUAGACUGUCAUUUAAUGUCAUUCAAGAUCUACAAAACAUCAUUUUUGCAUGACUACUGCAAAAGGACUACUAUACAGAAGCCAGUUCCUUUUGCGAGAGGACAAUUUGGACCCUGUUUCAGAAAGCAGGAAGAAUGUCUGAAUCCAGUUGAUGAUGUUUAAGAAUUGUCAUUCUUACUUAAAGGGUUCUCUUUAUGAAGAAAUAUCAGUGCUGAUAAAUACCUGGGGACCAAGUACAUUUCAGUGACCAAGGAUGGCUUCUUCUUGGAAAAUCAUUCUAUUUCUGUCAGCCACCGGGUGUCUUUCAGAGUAUUCCAAAGCUCCUCCUGGUCUCCCAACUUCAUAUGCCGCUUUGUUAAGAAUCAAGAAAAGUUCAUCCUCAUCUCUCUUUGGAUCAAAGACCAGACCACGGUACAGCAGUCCUGCUUUAGGGACACUAAGUGUUUCUUCACCAAGUUGGCGCGGGGCAGCUCAACAUUACUAUUCCCCCAUCAACCUCUAUCACUCCUCAGAUGCCUUCAAACAAGAUGAAAGUGUGGACUAUGGGCCAGUGUUUGUUCAGGAACCAGAGAGUAUCAUUUUCCCGACUGAUUCUGAUGAAAAUAAGGUAGCAUUGAAUUGUGAAGUUCGUGGCAACCCCAUUCCCACUUACAGAUGGAUUCGGAAUGGAACACAAAUCGAUUUGGAAAGUGAUUAUCGCUACAGUUUGAUAGACGGCACCUUCAUUAUAAGUAAUCCAAGUGAAACGAAAGAUUCUGGUCAAUAUCAGUGUUUAGCAACCAACAAUUUUGGAAGUAUUCUUAGUAGAGAAGCCACACUUCAGUUUGCCUAUCUGGGAAAUUUUAGUGGCCGGACAAGAAGUGCAGUCUCUGUGAGGGAAGGCCAGGGGGUUGUUCUGAUGUGCUCUCCUCCGCCUCAUUCACCAGAGAUCAUCUACAGCUGGGUAUUUAAUGAAUUUCCCUCCUUUGUGGUGGAAGACAGCAGGCGGUUCAUUUCCCAGGAGACAGGCAACCUUUAUAUUUCUAAAGUGCAAGCGUCAGAUGUUGGAAGCUAUAUUUGUCUGGUGAAAAACACAGUGACGAAUGCUCGAGUCCUUAGUCCCCCAACACCACUCACUCUGCGUGAUGAUGGUGUGAUGGGAGAAUAUGAGCCUAAAAUUGAGGUCCAUUUUCCUUUCACGGUUACAGCUGCUAAGGGAACAACUGUUAAGAUGGAGUGCUUUGCACUUGGCAAUCCUGUUCCAACCAUCACAUGGAUGAAGGUUAAUGGCUAUAUUCCUAGUAAGUCACGACUGCGGAAAUCUCAGGCAGUGCUGGAAAUACCAAAUGUGCAGCUGGACGAUGCAGGCAUCUAUGAAUGCCGAGCUGAAAACUCGCGUGGAAAGAAUUCAUUUCGUGGACAAUUGCAAAUAUACACCUACCCACACUGGGUAGAAAAACUGAACGAUACCCAGCUGGACAGUGGGAGCGCCCUCCGAUGGGAAUGUAAGGCCACUGGUAAACCCAGGCCCACAUACCGCUGGCUGAAGAAUGGAGCGCCUCUCUUGCCUCAGAUUAGGGUUGAAACAGUUAAUGGAGUAUUGAUGAUCCACAGUGUAAACCAAUCAGAUUCUGGGAUGUAUCAGUGUUUGGCUGAAAAUAAAUAUGGAGCCAUUUAUGCUAGUGCUGAGCUGAAGAUUCUAGCUUCAGCACCUACUUUUGCACUGAAUCAACUGAAGAAAACAAUAAUUGUUACCAAAAAUCAAGAAGUCAUCAUAGAGUGCAAACCCCAAGGCUCUCCAAAACCAAAAAUCUCUUGGAAGAAGAGCGAUAAAGCAAUUAGAGAGAACAAAAGAAUAGCUAUUCUUCCAGAUGGGAGUCUACGAAUCCUAAACGCAUCUAAAUCAGAUGAGGGAAAGUACGUUUGCAAAGGGGAAAACAUCUUUGGUUCUGCCGAAAUUGUAGCUUCAGUGUCGGUAAAAGAACCUACAAGGAUAGAACUUACUCCAAAAAGAACAGAGUUAACAGUGGGAGAAAGCAUCGUCCUUAAUUGCAAAGCAAUUCAUGAUGUUAGUUUGGAUGUCAAUUUCUACUGGACACUGAAAGGACAGCCCAUUGAUUUUGAGAAAGAAGGCGGACAUUUUGAAAGCAUCAGGGCCCAAGCAUCCUCUGCAGAUUUAAUGAUCAGGAACAUCCUUCUGAUGCAUGCUGGGAGAUAUGGCUGCAGGGUACAGACCACAGCAGACAGUGUGUCAGAUGAGGCAGAACUUCUUGUUAGGGGUCCCCCAGGCCCACCAGGGAUAGUAAUUGUUGAGGAAAUCACGGAAAGCACAGCCACCCUGUCCUGGAGCCCAGCAGCUGAUAACCACAGUCCGAUCUCUUCCUAUAACCUGCAGGCUCGCAGUCCCUUCUCCCUGGGCUGGCAAACUGUGAAAACAGUCCCAGAAACUAUAACAGGAGACAUGGAAUCAGCAAUGGCAGUGGAUUUAAAUCCUUGGGUGGAAUAUGAAUUUCGAGUGGUGGCCACCAAUCCCAUUGGGACUGGAGAUCCAAGCACCCCAUCACGAUUGAUCCGCACAAAUGAAGCAGUUCCAAAAACAGCGCCUACCAAUGUGAGCGGAAGAAGCGGAAGACGACACGAGCUGGUCAUCGCCUGGGAGCCAGUAUCUGAAGAGUUUCAGAAUGGGGAAGGCUUUGGCUAUAUUGUGGCUUUCAGACCCAAUGGAACACGGGGCUGGAAAGAAAAAAUGGUGACAUCCGCAGAAGCUUCCAAAUUCAUCUAUCGAGAUGAAAGUGUCCCUCCACUGACUCCUUUUGAAGUUAAGGUUGGCGUUUAUAACAAUAAAGGGGAUGGACCUUUUAGUCAAAUUGUGGUCAUCUGUUCAGCUGAAGGAGAACCCAGCACUGCUCCAGCUGACGUGAAGGCUACAAGUGUGUCUGUGUCAGAGAUUCUUGUUGCAUGGAGACAUAUCACAGAGAGUCUAGGAAGACCUCAGGGAUUUGAGGUUGGUUACUGGAAAGACAUGGAACAAGAAGAUGCAGCAGAAACAGUCAAAACCAGGGGGAACGAGUCAUUCAUCAUCUUGACAGGAUUAGAAGGAAAUACUCUAUAUCACUUCACAGUGAGGGCUUACAAUGGAGCCGGAUAUGGGCCACCUAGCAGUGAAGUGAGUGCAACCACCAAGAAAUCCCCCCCUAGUCAAGCACCUAGCAACCUCAGGUGGGAGCAGCAGGGGUCUCAGGUUUCUCUAGGCUGGGAGCCCGUCAAACCUUUAGCCAACGAAUCUGAAGUCCUGGGUUACAAGGUUUUUUACAGGCAAGAGGGUCACAGCAACAGCCAAGUUAUUGAAACACAAAAACCUCAAGCAGUAGUACCACUCCCUGACGCUGGAAUCUACAUUAUUGAAAUUCGAGCAUUCAGCGAAGGGGGAGAUGGUACAGUUAGUUCCCAAAUCAGGGUACCAUCAUAUUCAGGUGGGAAGAUCACAAGCGCUCAGUCAACCUUGCACACUCUCUCUCCACCAUCAUCAGUAACAUUGCUCUUGGCAUUGACAAUUCCUUCAACCUCCUGGUGAAACUGCUGGCUUAACUUGCUUGUAUUUGUUUUAGCUUAAAAAAAGCAGUGAAUGGAAUGUAGCAUAAGUGGAGAGCCAGGAUCCUGAUAUGAGCUUUACAACCUUGGGACUACAUGUGGUGCACUUACAGGAGGUUGGGAGUGGGGGAAAUACACUUAUCCAUCAGGUUGCUCUUUGAUUUUUGUAAAUGGAGAGGACAGUUCUUGGUCCAAUAAAAAUAUGCAGAUUGUAUGUAAUGAAUUUUUGUAAGCAAAGGUAAUUUCUGUCAAAUGUAUUCUUAAUUUUAUAUAUGUUGAAUUUGAUUUUAUAUCUAAUGAUUGAGUGUGUGCCAUCCAUUUUUUAAGAAAGUGGUCUCUAGUAGAUCUAUUUCAAAAACAAAUACAAUAUUGAGAAUGGAAAAAUUCCUUAAGACUCCAAAUCCAGUGUUUUUCAUUUUCCCUUCACCUGACCAUUAUAAUUGCCAAACCUACAGGAAAUCUGAAAAAUACUUUGGCUAUGAGGUCCAUCAUAGAAUACACAAAAAUAAAUCUCAAAAAAUACUAUACACUUGCAUAAUGAAAAUAGCAAGAUUUUUCAAUAUGUUAUUCUAUAUUUACCCGUACAGGAAGUUAUUGGGGUAGAGAAUAAGCCAUUUUUAUUAAGGCUAGGUAAAUAGUAAAUCCAAAUGAACUUACUGUUAAGCACUAUGUUGAAUAGCAGCAAAUAUGGUGAAUGUUUUUUGCUUGUUUGUUUGUUUGUUUUGGUACUGGGGAUUGAACUCGGG